CAGCGCCCCCUGAUGGGGCGGUGGGUCCUGGACGUGGCCUUUGUGUGGAAGGCGGUGCUGACCCUGGGGCUGGUCCUUCUAUACUACUGUUUCUCCAUCGGCAUCACUUUCUACAACAAAUGGCUGACAAAGAGCUUUCACUUCCCGCUCUUCAUGACGAUGCUUCACCUGGCUGUCAUCUUCCUCUUCUCCGCCUUGUCCCGGGCCUUGGUACAGUGCUCCAGCCACAGAGCCCGCGUGGUGCUGAGCUGGACCGACUACCUCAGGAGAGUGGCCCCCACAGCACUGGCAACGGCGCUGGACGUGGGCUUGUCCAACUGGAGCUUCCUGUACAUCACCGUCUCCCUGUACACAAUGACCAAGUCCUCUGCCGUCCUCUUCAUCUUGAUCUUCUCUCUGAUCUUCAAGCUGGAGGAGCUGCGAGCGGCUCUGGUCCUGGUGGUCCUCCUCAUCGCCGGGGGCCUCUUCAUGUUCACCUACAAGUCCACACAGUUUAACAUGGAGGGUUUCGCUCUGGUGCUGGGGGCCUCGUUCAUCGGUGGCAUUCGCUGGACCCUCACCCAGAUGCUGCUGCAGAAAGCUGAGCUUGGACUCCAGAACCCCAUUGACACCAUGUUCCACCUGCAGCCACUCAUGUUCCUGGGACUCUUCCCGCUCUUUGCCGUAUUUGAAGGUCUUCAUUUGUCCACAUCGGAGAAAAUCUUCCGUUUCCAGGACACGGGGCUGCUUCUGCGGGUUCUUGGGAGCCUCUUCCUUGGUGGGAUUCUCGCCUUUGGUUUGGGCUUCUCCGAGUUCCUCCUCGUGUCCAGAACCUCCAGCCUCACACUCUCCAUUGCUGGCAUUUUUAAGGAAGUCUGCACUCUGCUGUUGGCCGCACAUCUGCUAGGCGAUCAGAUCAGCCUGCUCAACUGGCUAGGCUUCGCCCUCUGCCUCUCGGGGAUCUCCCUGCACGUCGCCCUCAAAACCCUGCACUCCAGAGGUAACGGUGGCCCAGAACCCUUGAAGGGACUGGGCUCCAGCCCUGACCUGGAGCUGCUACUCCGGAGCAGCCAGCAGGACGAAGAGGACAAUGAGGAGGAAGAGUACUUUGUGGCCCAGGGACAGCAGUGA